AUGUCUAUGGUUAUACCGUCGAUGGUGGUUCCUUCACAAAAUCCUCUUUUCGUGGGGAGCGGUGGAUCAAGGAGAGAACUCAAGAACAACAGUGAUAGAAAAAUAGCUUUCAAGCUAGUUUUCCCACCAAAUUCAAAUUACUCUGCAAAAGAAACAUACGGAACAAUUCCGGAGCUGGGUAAAGCUACAAUAACACUGAUGAGAGCUAAUACGAAAUGUGCUGAAGAGAAGAUGACGGUGCAGUAUGCUGCCAUGUCACAAGGACAAACUGAUCCAGCAGCUAGUUUCGCAUCCGGCACUGCCACUGGAGAAUUCAUUGGCGAAACUGUCGUUCGCUUGUCACCAAUAUCAUAG